AGCAAGUCAGUGACGUUUUUGGACGCUCGACAACCACGAGCGCUUUACUGCAAUCCUGAAGAGAGGAACCUACUAUUGCUACUUUUUGUUUCUUUUCCAGACAGAAAAGUCACCGAGAAGUUCAACAAUGAAACAAUUUCUUUUAAAUUCAAUUAAAAAGUAACUGAAUGAUGUUUUAAGUUAUUUAUUAUAUUUUUUGGGCCGACUUUUCACUUUUCCAGCAUGGAUCCGGAGGGCCCCCAGGCGCUGUGUGACCUCUGCCUGGCUCAGGUGUGCUGCAGUCUAGAGGCUUUGUGCAGCAAGAGAGCAGACGGCUCCAUGAGCCUCAUCUGGGCCCCUCUGUUCCCCCCGGAGCUGGCCGACAGACUGCUGCAGGCCAUGGCAUCCAAAGCAAUGCUGAACGACGCCACCGUCGGGAUUUUCCGAGACUCUAAGGAGCUCCGUCUGCGCCGAGCCUCCAUCCGCCGCUGUGUGAUGUCCGCCGAGGCUUUCCGCUUGGCCCUCUGCCCUCACCGGCUCCUGGAACUAGACGCCUCCUGGGCCUCGGAGGGCCUGACGGGAGCCAGCGUGGUGUCUGGUCUGGUUUCCAGCCCUGCGUGCAGACUCAACCUGCAGAAGUUGUCGCUGAGCGGAUUACACCUGGACUGGGGGUCUUUGGAGGACGGCUGUGUUGGCUUCAGCUCCCUGCGAGGGCUGAAGACGCUCCACCUCGCCAGCACGGAUCUAACUGAUGACAUCCUGGAGGACGUCUGCUCGCUCCCCCACCUGGAGAGUCUGGAUAUCUCCUGCACUCCCAUCUCAAAGCUCUCCGCUCUCCUCCAGUGUAAAAACUCUCUGAGAUCUCUCAUCGCUCACAGGCUGCGGCAGCUGAACAUGUCUCCGUCCAGGUUGUUUUUCGUUUUGAGCCAGCUCGACGCCCUCCGCCAUCUGGACUUUUCGGAUGACCACUUCGGUGCCGACGACCUGGACGGGAGGGACGGAGACGAGGUGGCGCGGCAGCUCCUGGAAGGGAGCUCCCAGAUUCUGCCCUCGCUGGUUUCGUUGGACCUGUCGGGGUGGAAGACGAUCAGCGAAGCCGCGCUGGCGGCCUUUGUGGAGUCCAGGCGCGGGCUGCUCUUUUUGGGCCUCCUGGACACCGGCCUCAGCUCUAGCCACGUCCUGACUGCGCAGAGAAACCUGAAAGUAACUGGAGAGGCUAAUGAGAACCAGGUGUGCGAGGCUCUGGGGAGGUACACAGAGCGCGAGUGUUUCGUACAGAAGGCCCUCCUCCACCUCUACAGACUAACCACGGAUGCGGACAGAGCUCAGCCAGACACGCUGAAGCUGGUGCUCGGCGCCAUGAAGAGCCACCCGUCCUCCCUACAGGUCCACCUUGUAGCCACGGCGUGCGUGUUCAACCUAACCACGCAGGACCUGGCGGAGGCCAUGCCCGUGACCCUGAUCAGCUCCGCCAUCGCCCAGCUCCUGCACGCCAUGAAAACCUUCCCCAACCACCAGCAGGUGCAGAAGAACUGUCUCCUGGCGCUCUGCAGUGACUACAUCCUUCAAGACAUUCCCUUUGACCGGUAUUUGGCGGCCAUGCUGGUGAUCAACUGGCUGAGCAACCACGAGGACGCCACCUUGCAGAGGAUGGCCGUGGCUGUCAUCUCCAUUCUGGUGGCAAAGUUGUCCAAAGAAGAGACGGGGAAGCUCAGCCAGGAUGUUGUCUUUAUGAAGCAGCUGCUGGCGAUCGUGCAGCAGAAAGCCAUGGUGGGAGUUGUGGACUCCACUCUGAAGUUUGCCCUCAGCGCUCUGUGGAACCUGACUGAUGAGAUGCCCUCAGCGGCACGCAGCUUCAUCCAGUGCCAAGGCUUGGAGCUAUACGAGGAAGUACUGGAGUCCUAUUACAACGAACCAACAAUUCAGCAGAAAAUACUCGGUCUUUUGAACAACAUAGCAGAGGUGAAGGAGCUGCAGGCAGAUCUGAUGGAUGAAGAUCUGCUGGAGCACAUCCUCAUCCUCCUAAAGGACACCCAGGUGGAGGUGGGGGUGCGUUACUUUGCAGGAGGGAUUCUGGCGCAUCUCACCUCCAGAGCAGAGGCCUGGACCUUGGACCAAGAGCUCCGGGAGGCUAUCCUAAAGCAGCUGCACGAGUCGAUUAUAACUUGGCCGCAUCUCGAGAGGGAGAUGGUGUCUUACCGGUCUUUCUGUCCGUUUAGCCCCCUGCUGCUGACUCACCAGCCGUCAGGAGUGCAGCUGUGGGCAGUCUGGGCCAUACAUCUGGUCUGCAGUCAAAACACUUCACAUUACAGUAGCAUGCUGGAGAAGGACGGCGUGACUGAACUCCUGAAAGCCCUGGCUGCACAUCCUGACACUCACGAUGACAUUAAACGCCUCGUCGGCAGCAUUUUGUGCAUGGUGGAGGGCGGUGCUCAGCGGUCGUGACGUCACGAGCUCAAAACUCCUGAAAAAUGUGAAGAAACUAACUUAUUGUUUUUGUUCAGUAUAUUUAUAGAAAGUCAGUUGAGUUUGUGCUUCAAAUAAACCAGCUGAAGUUGGAAACCCCGUCAUCACUGUUGUUCAAAACCCUACCACUAGAGGGUGUUGUAGGACCAAAGGCUUUGCCUAUUUUUUGUCAUGUAAAUAAAGAAGCAGCUCAAAGCGUGAAUUAAAACAAA